GAAUCCUUCGGUGCGGACGGGCACAUAAACAGUUGCUUGGUCGUAUUCGCGUUUGGGCACGUGGCCACAAAUCGGCCAGUGAAAUCGGGCGGAAAUCGGACACCACCUUCACGGGCAAGGUGGAUUGUUUUUUGCUCGAGUGCUUCCAACGCGGAUUGUGAAGUUAGGGACGGUUCAAAGAUUUUCAAGCUGUUUGCUGAUCCAUGAUAAGGGUGGUUGCUUAAAUAUACAGGUGUCAUCGAAGAGAUCAACCUGGGAGCCACAUCCGGACCCGUCCCGACUCCGGGCGGGUUUUCUCCGGUCAUCUCAGCCGCGAAGACGCUUUCGCUCAGGGAGACCUCCUGUGCAGAGGCCUUCUGGAAGAUGCCGCACAAAGAAGAGGACCUCAUGCACCAUUCAAUGGGUCAAAAUACAAUAUUUGGAUGUUCCACGGCUGGUCACAGCGGCAUCAACCAGUUGGGCGGCGUUUACGUGAACGGCCGCCCAUUGCCUGAUUCCACCAGACAAAAGAUCGUCGAAUUGGCCCACUCGGGCGCCAGACCCUGCGAUAUCUCCCGUAUACUGCAGGUCUCCAAUGGAUGCGUCUCGAAAAUACUCGGCAGGUAUUACGAGACGGGUUCCAUUAAACCUCGAGCGAUCGGCGGAUCCAAACCUCGAGUGGCCACCACGCCUGUUGUCAACAAGAUUGCCGAGUUCAAAAGGGAGUGCCCAUCCAUCUUCGCCUGGGAGAUCAGGGACAGGCUGCUCAGCGAGGGAGUGUGCAACAACGACAACAUACCUAGCGUGUCAUCAAUAAACCGAGUACUCCGCAACCUGGCGUCUCAGAAAGAACAGCAAGCAAGCGACUCAGUGUACGACAAAUUGCGGAUGUUUAACGGGCAAGCUGCGGCAGCGGCGGCGGGUUGGGCGUGGUACCCUACGGCAGGUCCCGCGGCGCCGCACCUGGGGUUACCGCCGGCGCCGUCCGCAUUGGCGUCCCACGUGUCUGCUGCUAGGGACGAUUUGCAGAAGAGAGAAGAUUCACAGCUAAGACUGAGACUGAAAAGGAAACUCCAACGGAACCGAACGUCCUUCACGAACGAACAGAUUGAUAGUUUAGAAAAGGAAUUUGAACGAACUCACUAUCCAGACGUCUUUGCCAGGGAGCGGCUAGCGGAGAAAAUAGGAUUACCUGAGGCACGUAUCCAGGUGUGGUUCAGUAAUCGACGAGCAAAAUGGCGGCGGGAAGAAAAACUUCGAAAUCAGCGGCGCUCUGUAGAUCAAGUAGGCACAGUCAGUCCACCUGUAUCAGCUGCAAGGCUUCCGAUCAACUCUGGCUUCAACUCCAUGUACUCAUCGAUACCGCAGCCUAUCGCAACCAUGGCUGAUACCUACAGUUCGAUGCAGAAUGGCCUGUCGUCCAGCUGCCUACAGCAACAACGUGACGCGGCAGCAGCGGCCGCAGCCGCCGGCUACCCGUACAUGUUUCCAGAUCCGCUGCACUCGUUAGGUCCCUCUUACACGCCGCCGCGCGGAUGCAACCCGGCUGGCGCGCACGCUCCGCAACCGUCCGCGCAUCCGGCGUACGCGGCUGCAGCUGCUGCGGCUGCUAAUGCGCCACAAGGAGCUAGUGCUGUGCCAGUUUCCACGGGCACUGGUGUAAUAUCAGCUGGCGUGAGUGUUCCUGUACAAAUCCCCAGCCAAUCAUCGACCGCGAAUGAGCUGUCGUCUCCGCCAUAUUGGCCCCGGCUCCAGUGAUCUCAGCUGUUCGGGUUCCCGCCGCCGGGACUCUUGAUCCCGCGGGAUACCCCGCCAAUGGCCGCGCACAUGGCCUCAACCUCAGCCUCAACGUUGGCUUCCGGGUCGCCAGCAGCUGCCACGAGAGGAGAUGAGACCUCCUAGAUGAAAGAUGACCUACACACUUGUGGGGUAGCAUGAAUAUACUGCCAGACAAGUAAUUUUCAGCUGAGAUUCGAUGUUUUGAAGGGAGGAGUUGCGUGAAGCAUUUUAUUGGUGCCAUAAACCAACGAACAGAUGACCCACUCAAGGCAGGGACGCCUGUCCAAGUUCAAACAUAAAAUAAUUUGCAGAAGUGACCUACUGCUACUUAGUUUGAAAAAAUUUUGGCUACGCCCUAAGUGAUCAGAAACUUGAAAAAGGGUGAAACACAAAGUUUGAAAAUUUUUAGAUUUUUAGACCUUUAAAAAGAUUUUUUGAGCACGAGCAACUAUUAUCAGGAAGUUGAAAAGCCUUGAAAAAUAAAUGUUUCUGAUGCUUUGAGCAUUUUUUAUUUUUGCACAUAACUUCGAUGUCAUUUAGGCGAUUCUAAAAAGUGAACCAGUUAUGAGCCCACAGAGUAUCGCUAUUUAAAAUCCAUCAAUAUCAUUGCAGUCAACUUAAAAUUAACGAGCAUAUAAAAUACCAACAGAGUGACUUCCGUCUUCAGUUUUGGUACCAGACUGUACACGGUAACUGGUCCACCACGAUUGGAAAUUGUAAGACCGUUGUCGGCGGUCAACGAUCGAAGUUCCAACAAAAUUUAAUAAAUCAGACACCUUGACCCAUUCAAACAUAUUUUAUGACUAGGUGAAAUACCAAAGAACUGAAAACAUACUGUAGAAUAAAAGUUAGAUGAUGCUUUGGAAAUGUUUGUUUUAUUCUCAUAACUCCGUCAUCUGUGCUGAAGUCAAUCGACAUUAUUUAUUAUGCCAUCAUAACUUGUCGCUCUACAAAGUUCGUCAAUAUUGGUACACCAUCACCUAAGUAACGAUGGUAUAAUGCGCCAACAUACCGACAGACAGAUCGAAAAUGAGUGACGAAGAUUCUUGUGCUGUAGAAAUACAGGUAUAUGAAAUACAUAGCCUGUGUCUCAAAGCCGGAUUGUUUCACCGUGCUUUUUACCAAGAAAUGUCUGUUAAGACCCCUUAUCUCUGUAGUUAAAAGGUUAUGUUUCAAAUAGACUCUUUUUGUCACGAAUCUGGACGAGUUAUUGAAACAUGAUGACGAUAAAACUGAAUUUUCUGUCUGAAUGACUGAAGCAAAGCAAGUUGCUCGUGCUCUAGCUCUUCUUAUAAUGUUUCUGCGAAAAAUACCUUGAGCAAGACUAAGACAAUCAGUUCUGGGAUGUGCGAAGGUUGCCACCCAUUUUUUAGGAGACGUUUGGAUUUAUCUGCGCUUGCAUCAUGAACACUUAUUAUGCUGCUAAAGCAGCGUUCUCACGUAAGUUGAUCAACUUAAAUCGAAACGAAUAUUUUUGUUCACGCACAUAAUAAAAAUUGAUGCGCUAGUUGUCUCUAAAAUGGCUGCCAACGAAGUUGUCCAAGCAGGCAUAACAGCUAUUUACGAAUUAUUUAAUACAGAAAUCAGAGACAUUUUAUCAAAAUUUGAAAAUGUCCGAAGAACAGUCUCAAUUUCGAUAACUCUCGAGCAGGGUAUUCCAUAAAGAGUCAAGCUGUUGAUAUAAAUCCAAAAAAUUUAGCACAAUACUUCAUGCUCAUUUUUUGUCUUUUUUCCACACACAUCAAGCACACGAGCCACAAAAUCAACUUUAUUCAAUGCGAAACUCGACUGAGUAUAGUUCACACGCUUCAAAUCCGUUUCAACUUGUCUGUAAAUCGCCUAUGACGCAUUAAAUUGAUCGAUAAGUUUUGAAUGAAUCAAAACUUUUUCGGUUCAACUAAAAUUGAUCAACUAAAAUCGAAAACACGGUUCACAAGUAUAUUUUUAUUCGAUUUUUGUUCAUCAAUAAAAAGCGUUCUACUAAAAUCGACUCGUGAGAACGCUGCUUAACUGAUACUGAAUCUUACUUAUAGUCGAUUUUUUAUAACUCAUUCGAAAUUUUUGAAAGAAAGAACAAUGUCAACAAUAGGCAUAGGUUAUUUUUAACAUUUUACUUUUAAAAAAUCGGUUACCUGGUAGCAUAACAUAGCACUGACAUAGGAUAGCGACAGAUCAUUGUCAUCUUGCUCCAGAUAUUUUCUCGCCGUGAGCAUUAAAAUGGGACAAAUUAAUUAUCAAGUCUGCCAAUUACUGACAGAUACCUCUGAGUGUUUGAAUUCUAUUUCAAAUACUCAGUGAAAUAUAUAAUUUAUAUUGCGAAUUUGCCGCCAGGCAAGUAUUUAAGUAUAUUCCUUCAUAAACAAUCUUUCGAGAUCUAGGACAGCCUCUUGUAUGUUAAAAAACGGUUUUCAUACUGUGAUUUUAACCGUCAGUAAAUCAAGUUUCUAAGAUACGAUUCUAGUAACAAGCAAUGUAAUAUAGUUAGUUUAACAAAUUGUCGCAAUAGUUCAUGUAAAUAUUUUGUAAAAGUUAAAUGUAACUUUACUAAUGAGAGUACAACUUACCAUCGUACAAACAGUAGUCUCUGAUAUUUUGAAGUCAUUGCACAAGUAAGUUAUAAAGCUCUGACAAGUUAUAUUCGUAAAAGCUUCUAAAGCUAUUUGUAAAUAGCAAUAUAAAUAUUGUAAAAUAUAAUACAACUUUUUCAUACAUGCAAUAACAAUCCCUGUUUCUGCAAUAUGUAGAUAAUGUAAAUAUAAAAAUCGUUCUUUGUACAUUUUGGUGAUUUCUGCAAUAAGUCGUUGGAAGAAAGCACUGUACAGAUUCCCAAAUAUAUGUUAAUCUGUUUGGCUGUAGUAUAAUUUCAUGUGAACUUAGUUUUUUCAAAGGAAUAUGAACAAUCACGAUGUCUAUCAGCAAUAUUGGAAAAUCUAAGUUUACAAUAGAGAAUAUUCACAUUUUUUACUACUGUAUAAAUAGAAUUACGUAACUUAUCUGUUAACAAAUUUAUAGGAACUCGGAUGAGUGGAUUGCCAGAUGUUCAAAUUUUUUUGGAUGACCUUGGGUUUCCUAUAUUAUGAAGUAGAGCUGAGAUACGAUCAUAAUCUUCAGACCUUGCUACAUGGGACUCAUCCUAAUGAUAGUAAUCCCAAACCAUUUUUCUUUAGAUACGUGAAUAUUUCUCGUGAACUUGUACAUUUGUGAAAUCCUUUACCUCACUCAGUGUAUUCAGAAACAUAGGUACAUACCAUACUCAAUAUACUAAUUCUGUCCUCAGAACUACAGCCCAGAUGUUUCAGUACAUACUCAACACGUUUUUAGCAAUACCGUUGUUUUGCACUCUAUUCUGUGGAGAAAUAUCUAUAGUUAGGUAUAAAAAAAAACAAAAUAAUGACGUGUGGACCUCACUGGAUUCAAAUACACACUGAGUUUAGCAGUAUAAUUGGAGCAAAUUCAAACCAGAUAACCCAACAGGAAAUCAGGCUUUUUCUCCACAUCUUUAUCUAUAGGGUGUAUGGUGAUACACACUUUAAGUAUUAAUCAAUGUUGUGUAUAUUACUGUUGCUGUGAUUAAUAAUAAAAUAAGACAUUAACCGCCAUGGCAGUUUAUGUAGAAUAGUGUAUACAUAUUUCUGUGUAGUGUGUAAAAGAAAAAUAUGUGG